AAUUAGGAAUAUCGUGCUCUUGAGUCCGGCCUCCCGCAAUUUCUCCGUCUCUCAGCUGAAGCAUCGUAGCUGUUAUCAAACGCCAGAGGGAUGAGCACUUCCUCUUUCGGAUAAUCUGGUCAUCAUCCACCUGCUCUUCUUCGAGUCGAGGCGCUUGUCUUGUCCGUCAGUGAACUUCGGACGGUGAUGGGCGGCGGAACCCCGGCGAAGCGAAGAUAUGUGGAUUACUGGCAUAGCUUGAACCAGAUACUCAACAUUUUCGCCGCGGGUCUGACAUUUGGAGUUUUCGGUCCGGCACUGAUGGACUUAGCGGAAAUUUAUUCAUCGAAAGAGAACGACAUCGCCCUCACGAACUCAAUGAGAGCUCUCGGCACACUCGCGGGUUCCAUCAUAGGCGGAUACUUCUACAAAUUCAUGAACGAUCAGAUUUGUAUGUUCAUCGUAAUCUUACUGUACGCUCUCUCGACGGUGCUGACUCCCGUGUUCUCGAGUUUGUGGAUAUUGCAUGUCCUAGCCUUCGUGGGUGGCUUCGUCGUGGGAGUUUUCGAAAUCGGUUCUCAAGUACGCUUGGUCAGAGCCUGGCUAGAGCAAAGCGCAGCAGCUCUGCAAGCUUUCCAUACUGCUUUCGGCGUUGGAGCGAUGCUUGCCCCAUUCGUGGCCGCGCCGUUCCUGAGUUCAGUCGAAGACGGCGUUCGGGUGAAGGAAACACAGCUGUGGAUACCAUUCGGCAUAUUUGGGGUAGUUUUCCUUUUGAUUUUAUUGUCGAUGCUCGGCGCGUACAUCGUUGAUCCCGUGGGCAUCCACGACUCGAAGAAAGUUGAAGUCAAAGAGACAGGAAGCUCGAGGAAGACAUUCGAAAACCUACUCGUAUCUCUCCUGUUCCUCUACAUAUUGUUCACUGUGAACACCGAGAUCACCUACAGUAGUCUCUUCUCGGUUUUCGCCGUGAAAAGCCCUGACCUCCAGUUCUCGAAGUCGAUGGGCGCUUACUUGGCCGGCGUCUUCUGGACAACUUUCACGGUCGGACGACUUCUUAGCAUAUUCGCCGCGAUGCUCGUAGACAUUCCAACGCUGUUGUACAUUUCCCAUGCUAUGCUCCUGGCGGCGUCGGGCUUGAUGGUCGCCUUCGAAAGUUCAGCGCUCUGCGUGUGGCUCGGAACAGCUCUCCUUGGCCUCGGCAUAUCUUCGUUAUACGGCGCCGCAAGUGGCUACUGUUUCCAAUAUUUCACGGUGCGACAUUUCCACGUCAGUGUGAUCUUGGUAAGUCCAGUGAUGGUUUCGAGGAUUCAUGGUGCCCGGGCAGCAGCCUAGGCAAGACUUCUCAGCGUGGGGAAGAGGCAAUGAUGGAUCCGGAGGGUGGCUGGUUUAGAAUUCUCGAGUAGGUCCACGAUAAAGAUAGCCUGGAAGGUGCCAAGGCCCUCCAGCCCUGCCUUCGUUUGGACCCUCAGGCCAGCACCGAGACGAUGUGAAGGAUCUCAGGGAGCCCAAUCGGAUUGCAGGUGGCUGGUUGCGUUGGCGUCUUCCUUUCAUCUUACUUCGUUCCGCCCGCAGUGGAUGCGCAGCCGAUAUUCUUGCAGUGGUAUACCGGUGCUGGGAAUGUUAUACAUUUCAUUGUGCUUUUCGGAAUGUUCUG